AUGGCGCAGAGAGUCUCAUUUUCGUCGAGCCAGCGUCGUCGCCGGCUCCGCGCGGACAAGCUGCGGGGGGUGAUGCGUGGAUGGGCGCGAGGCGGAAGCUCGACCGGCCAGCAGCAGCAGCAGCAGCAGAGCGGCGGAAUCAGUGGAAGCGGAAUGGGCGGCGGCGGAAUGGGUGGCGGCGGAAUGGAUGGCGGCGGAAUGAGCGGCGGCGGCAUGAGCGGCGGCGGAAUGGGUGGCGGCGGAAUGGGUGGCGGCGGAAUGGGCGGAACCAGCAUGGGUGGCGGCGGAAUGAGUAGCGGUGGAAUGGGUGGCGGUGGAAUGGGUGGCGGUGGAAUGGGCGGUGGCGAAAUGGGCGGCGGCGGAAUGGGCGGCGGCGGGAUGGGCGGAGGCGGAAUGGGCGGCGGCGGAAUGGGCGGCGGCGGAAUGGGCGGAGGCGGAAUGGGCGGCGGCGGAAUGGGCGGCGGCGGCACUGGUGGCGGCGGAAUGGGCGGCGGCGGAAUGGGUGGCGGCGGAAUGGGCGGCGGCGGAAUGGGCGGGGGCCGAACGGGCGGCGGCGGGAUGGGCGGUGGUGGAAUGGGAGGCGGCGGCAUUGGUGGCGGCGGAAUGCGAGGCGGCGGAAUGGGCGGCGGCGGAAUGGGCGGCGGCGGAAUGGGCGGUGGCGGAAUGGGAGGGGGCAUGGACGGACCUGGUUCCUCUGCUCCAGGUUCGCAAUCAGCCAUGGGUCCUGGGGGAAACAUGGGUGACGGCGGAAUGGGCGGCGACGGAAUGGGUAGUGGCGGAAUGGGCGGAGGCGGCAUGGGUGGCGGCGGAAUGAGCGGCGGCGGAAUGAGUGGCGGCGGAAUGGGCGGCAGCAGCAUGGGUGGCGGUGGACUGGGCGGCGGCGGAAUGGGCGGCAGCGGAAUGGGCAGCGGCGGAAUGGGCGGCGGCAGAAUGGGCGGUGGCGGAAUGGGUGGCGGCGGAAUGGGCGGCGGCGGAAUGGGCGGCGGCAUGGGCGGACCUGGGUCGUCUGCUCCUGGAUCACAAGGAGCCAUGGGUCCUGGGGGAAACAUGGGCGGCGGCGGCAUGGGUGGCGGCGGAAUGGGCGGAGGCGGAAUGGGCGGUGGCGGAAUGGGAGGAGGCGGAAUGGGCGACGGAGGCAUGGGCGGUGGAGGAAUGGGCGGGUCAGGGUGGUUUGCUCCAGGGUCGCAGGCAGCACCCGGCCAGGGUGGACCUGGGAUGGGCGGAGGGAUGGGCGGAGGGAUGGGCGGAGGGAUGGGGGGAGGAAUGGGCGGAGGGAUGGGGGGAGGGAUGGGCGGAGGGAUGGGCGGAGGGAUGGGCGGAGGGAUGGGCGGAGGGAUGGGUGGAGGGAUGGGCGGACCGUAUUAG